AUGCCUACCUCUUCAACCUUUUCCUUAGAGGCUUUGUUGAGGGAGUAUUUGGUUAAGAAUGAGACUAAGCAAAACAGCUUGGAAGCUAUUGUGCAAAGUAUUCCUGCAUCUUUGAGGAAUUUAGAAUCCCAACUAAGCUGUUUAGCAAAUACUUUGAAUAGCAGACCACCUGGUACUUUGCCUAGUAACACUGAAGAGCCUAGGAGGAAUAAUGAGCAAUGUCACAUGAUAGAGCUUAGGAAUGACAGAUCUGUGAAUCAGCCAGAACCUGUGGUUAGACCUUCCACAUUAAAAAAAAGAGAAGAGGAAAAAGUGCAGCAGGAAAAAGAUAAAAAUUCUGAACCUGUUCAGCCACAUGUUGUCCAUGACAGCCCCCAAGGGGCUGCAAAUAGUGAUCCUCUGCUUGUUCUGGUUGAACCAGAAAUUCAGACCCCAAUAAACCCAUCUUUAGGGAAUAUUUCUAUGGAAAAAUCCAUUCCAAAGGGUCAAGCAUCUAAACCAAGUAGUGAGACACCUGUUGUCUCUAAUAGACCUCCACCACCAUUUCCUCAAAGGCUUCAAAAGCAGAAGCAAGAUAACCAAUUUAGGAAAUUCCUUGACCUCUUAAAACAACUUCACAUCAAUAUUCCAUUUGUAGAUGCAUUAGAGCAGAUGCCCACUUAUGUGAAGUUCAUGAAAGAGAUACUUUUUAGGAAGAGGAGGUUGGAAGAGUUUGAAACAGUGGCUCUUACUCAAGAGAGUAGCAAAUACUUGCUGAGCAAGUUGCCUCCCAAAUUAGAAGACCCAGGCAGUUUUACAAUCCUUUGCACCAUAGGUGACCAUUACAUAGGCAGAGCACUAUGUGACUUAGGUGUUAGCAUUAAUUUGAUGCCCAUGAGUGUCAUUAAGAAGCUCAAAGUAGGAGAGCCUAGCCCCACAAUUGUCACUUUACAAUUGGCAGAAAAGUCCCUAGUAUAUCCUGAAGGUAAAUUGGAAAAUAUUUUAGUCAAGGUAGAUAAAUUUAUUCUACUUGCUGACUUCAUAAUUUUAGAUUAUGAGGAGGAUAGGGAGGUGCCAAUAAUCUUGGGGAGAGCAUUUUUAGCCACAGGUGGGGUUGUAAUACAUGUGAAAGAAGGUGAAUUGACCAUGAAUGUAAAUGGUGAGCAAAUUAAGUUUAAUAUCUUAAAAUCCAUGAAGUACCCAAGAGAAAUGGAAGAGUGUUCUAGGAUAGAUGUGAUUGAUGUUGCUGUCUAG